AUGCAAGAAAACAAUUUUGAAACAAUCAUUAGCACAUGGCGUCGUUUGUCCGGAGAAACAGUGGAACCAGUAGAGUCAACCGCACUAGUAAGUAUGUCCGGAGAUUCAUCUGGCCAUCAAGCUUUUAAGAAAAAAGAAGAAACAGAUUUGUUAGUACCAGAAAAAACAAAGGUUCCAGUAACAAUGGCAGCAGUGGUUUCAGAUGGAUUGCCACCAGACAUUGGAGGCAAUAUCGACUCCGAUGAGAAGAAAGAAUUUAUUCAACAUGACAAAGAAGAAAGUAAAGAAGCAGCUGGCGACUCAAAUGAAAAAAGUGAUAAAGAUGAUGAUUAUUUGGAAAAUAUGGACCCAAGAAACAAAGUUCCUGUAGCAACAUCAGAGAAAGACAAAGUUGGUGACAAAGUUGACAGUGUCUAUCUGCGCCCACCACCACCCCAUAAAGCUCGAUCAGCAGCAUCUACAGUUGAAGAAGAAGGCUGUGGUAUGAAAUGCCUUUACUAUACUUUAGAAUGCUGCGACUGUGUACUCAUGUAA